UUGCCAACUUUCUUGACAGGAUGCCUUAGGCCCUCUGAGAACUCGUCGUCACUUCCACUUCUAAAGUAUGACGUACACAUUGAUGGAUGAGGCAAUUCUCAGCCUCAUGAAAUUUGAGAUCGCAAAACGUUCAGUAAAUCUCUAUGGGCGACUUACAAGCUGCGAAUGACACCAAUGGGGGACCCUCCAGUGUCGCAGGAGUCCAAAUCGACCCCGAUGGAGACCUCACACUGCGGGCGGGGCAGCAGACAAACAAGCCCGAGAAGUCAUUCCACGUCUGCGCCAGCGCCUUGCGCCGCUCAUCGCAGGUCUGGAAGAAGAUGCUGUUUGGCCCAUUCAAAGAGUCCAAACCGGCUUUUGGGCCAUGGGUGGUGAACCUCCCUGAGGACGACCCCGAGGCCCUGGAGAUAAUCCUCAACAUCAUCCACGCAAACUUUCCCUUGAUCCCGAAUACGCCUGGCCUAUUUCAGCUUUAUGAGAUUUUCCAGAUGGCAAACAAGUACGACAUGAUUCCGGCCCUGAAGCCUUGGGCUGUUGCUUGGUUGCAUGUGGCGGAGGAUUGCCAAAAGGUCACGAACCGCUUUGAAGGUCGAGAGAGAGCAGCAUUGUCCUAUGUGGCGUGGGAGUUGGGGCAGGUCGAGCUGCACAGGCAGAUGGUCAAGGAAUUGAUUAUGUAUUCCUCACUCAGCGAAGACGGGCGAAUGAUCAGCCGGAGAGUCUUGCUGGAUGAUGUUGGUCCUAUCGGCCCACCCGGUCUAUUUGAGGUUCUGCACAGACAACGGGAAGACAUCGUCCACACCCUACCACUCCAAAUCAACUCCGUCAUCAAAGAACUCAUGUUCAACGACGGGAGCUGUGUUGAUAAGAGGGCCACCCGUGAGGAAAAGAAGCAUUGCAACUACAUCGUCCUAGGCAGCCUGAUGAGAGGCAUGGGCGAUACAAGUGGAGAUAUAGGGUUGGAAGUGCAGUGUGAUCGGAUGGAAGCUUUGACAAGCUUUGUGGAUCGCAUCUGGAGCAUUGCUAACAUGAUAUGUUGUUAUGAUGGGCACACUAGUCGAUGCAACCCUGGCCCAAAGAUUCAAUCCAUAUUGAAAAAGGUGACCACGGGAAGGAUUGUCAAAUUGACGAAGAAUAGUGUACAAAAAAUGGAGAAUAGACGUGAAGAGUUCGGAUUGGGGCCAGAGAGAGUAAAAACAUCGGAAGAUACCUCAAAAUUGGACGUCCAAUAAUAUUGAAGAUGCAGACAAUCAAUAUAUUAUUAUAGGUCAGGCCUAUUAAUUCAUUUGACUAACUAAAGAAAUGCUCCGUAUGAUCAUUAUGCAUUUAGCUCAUAAUGCCCUUGUGGCCGUCACCAUCGGCAUCCUUGAAGGGGUUCAGCUUAUCCACAAGCGAAAUCUUCUUGCCGGUAGCGUCGUGAGUGGCGUGGUCGGUAGUG